UUCAGGCGUAAUGGGUGGAAUCGUACAAGUUUUUGGAUACGAGUUAAUGUUUUUAGUCAUAAAAAUUUACCCUGCCUUUGUGUCGAAAUUUGGAGUUGAAUGUGUCUGGUCAGUUUUCACAAUAUUCUCUUUAGCAAGUGCAUUGUUCGGUGCAUUCAUAAUGCCAGAAACAAAAGGAAAAUCUCUCAACGAAAUAUUACUAUCUUUUGAUUCUCGCGAAAAAUCGAUAAAAAAUAACUUGCCUUAAUGGUAUUGCAUUAUACUACUAUAAUAUAAAACAU